AAUAAAGAAAAACUAGAAAACUAAACGAAAAACGGACGGAAAACGGAAAAUUUAAAAAGAAAAACUUUUGCGCCAGAUAGAGACAUCGACGUUAUUUCCAAGACAAUUCAGUUGCAAUCUUGCUACGGACCGUAACGGGCUAAAAACAAACUUAAAGGUUUACUUUCUGCCGAAGAACCUAUUCACAUUAUUUUAUUCACAGUGCGGGAAUAAAUAUAAAUUUCUUUGAACAAGAAAAGGAAACAAACAAAAAAAUUGAUAUAUCUUCACAAAUACAUAAACGGAAACGGUUUGCAUUUCAAGACAACAAAAAUAAUAUAAAAACAAAAAAUACAACAAUUUUUUGCUUUAACAGCUUAUAAAUAUAUAAAAACAAAAAAAAAAACGGCUUAAGUGGGUUUCUUUUGCGGGAAAGAAACACUUGCCAUCUGUUUUCGCACUACAAAACAAGUCCAACACGGUCUCUGUAUAUUCAGUGAAUUUGUCGUCGUUGUUGCAGCAGCUAGCAGCAAAUUUGUUGUGCUGAUAAAGAACAAAAAAAAAAAUAUCGACUUAUCGAUAUAUAAAAAGGAUUAUUUUUUAAUUCAUUAAAAACAACACCCCCAAAAACAAAAAACCAAUAAAAUGGCCGAUCAACUAACAGAAGAACAAAUCGCCGAAUUCAAAGAGGCAUUCUCGCUAUUCGACAAAGAUGGCGAUGGCACCAUCACAACAAAGGAAUUGGGAACAGUUAUGCGAUCGCUAGGACAAAAUCCAACAGAGGCUGAACUUCAAGAUAUGAUAAAUGAAGUUGAUGCUGAUGGUAAUGGAACAAUUGAUUUCCCUGAAUUCUUAACAAUGAUGGCCCGUAAAAUGAAGGACACCGAUAGUGAAGAAGAAAUUAGAGAAGCAUUCAGAGUAUUCGAUAAGGAUGGCAAUGGCUUCAUUUCGGCGGCCGAAUUACGCCAUGUGAUGACAAAUCUUGGUGAAAAACUCACAGAUGAAGAGGUAGACGAAAUGAUCCGAGAAGCUGAUAUCGAUGGUGAUGGUCAGGUCAAUUACGAAGAAUUCGUGACUAUGAUGACAUCGAAGUGAGCUGCUAAUUUACUUCUUUUUAAGCCUUUCUAUUUGUUUAAGAUGUUGAUGAAGACUGUAGCUGUGCGCAAAAACAUCGCGCGACGCUGUUGCUACGGAUAACAUCAUUAAAAUAUAAAAAAAAAAAUAUAUAAAAAAAGAAAACAAAUUAUUAAUUAAAAUUUAAAUAAAAAGAAACAUUUAAAAUAAAUAAAGAAAAAAAAAACAUACAAAAGUCUAUAUAAAUGAAAAAAAAAACCCAACAACAAAAAAAAAACAAGAAAAAUCUUAUUGUAUAAUUCAAUUUUAAAAUUAAUGAAAAACAAAACUUAAUAAAAUAUAUAAAAAAAACUAAGAAAAAAAAACUUUCGAUAUAAUUGAAUUAAAACAAAAAACAAAACAGACGUAUAUAUAAAACAAAAUUAAAUGAAAUGAAAAACUGUAACACAAUUUUAAUUAAGUAAAUUUAACAAAAAAAAAAAAAGAUUAUUAUAAUUAUUUAAAAUAAAAUAUAAAGCAAAAACAAAAAAACUUUGAAAAAUGGAAUGAAGAAAAUACAAAACUUAAUAUUUUUAAUCGCUAACACACGGAUAUACACACAAAGACACACACACAAAAUACGCAACACAUUAAAAAGAAAAGUUUACAUGCGCGACAGUAACAGUAAUUAAAAAUUCAAAAAAAUAAAAUCCUUGUUUUGAACAAAAAA